AUGGCACCCGAGACCAAGGCCGACGAGGUGGCUGCGCCCGUGCAUGAUAAGGCGCAGUACCUCGCAAUCCUGCGUCACAAUACGCAGCUUCUUCAGCGCAGCGUCGCUCAUGUUGAGCAGCGGUAUACGGCGCGCGUGGUCCGCUCUCUUCCAUACAUGCGUCGACACGCGCAAGCAUGGGCUGAUGUGCUGGCUCUGCUAGUGAAUGAGACGUUCAAGGGUGCGCACCGUGAGGAGCUGCUUGUGCAUUUGCCACCACCAUACAAGCCUGAGUCGGCUGCCGAGGAAACUCAGCCCGAGGCGAUGGACGAAGAUGCGUCUACCGCGCCUGCUGCCGACGAGGCGUUUCCCGAGGUACUGGCGUAUGUGCGCCUGCUUGUUGUGGUGUAUCUGCUCAGUCAGCCAUCUUCUCUUGCUCAGGCCACGUCGCUGUGCAGCAAGGCUGUGGAUGAUGUGGUCCAGCAAAAUAGGCGCUCGCUUGACAUUCUCGGCGCCAAGCUCGUGUAUUUUUUGACGCGGUGCUAUGAGCUCAACAAGGACGACAAGCUAUCGUCGCUACGUGAUCGACUUCUGGCGCUGCAGCGCACGGCUUCGCUACGGCACGACUCGGAGACGAAUGCUACGGUUCAAAAUGCCCUGCUGCGUAUGUACAUGGUCGAAGACAACCUGUAUGACCAGGCCGCCAAACUCGUCGCACGCGCGCCUUUUCCGCGUGCCAAGGCCUCCAAUCCGCAGGUGGCGCGCUACGACUACUAUGUUGGCCGUAUCCGCGCUGUCGAGCUCAACUAUUCGGAUGCGCAUGCGCACCUGCAACAGGCCAUUCGCCGUGCGCCCCAGCACGGACUGGUGAUGAAGCGUGAUGCAUCGACCAAGCCGGUGGCAGCUGGUUUCCACCAGACGGCGUACAAGCUGCUGAUCAUCGUUGAGCUGCUGAUGGGCGACCUGCCUGAGCGCGGCAUAUUCCGCCUGCCGCUUCUGCGGCGUGCGCUGGCGUCGUACCUGCCGAUUGUGCAGGCCGUGCGUGCCGGAGACUUGGCUCUCUUCCAGGCCACGUUGCAAAAGCACCAGGCGCUGUUCCUGCAAGAUAAGACGUACUCGCUGAUCUUGCGCCUUCGCCACAAUGUGAUCAAAACGGGUAUUCGCCGCAUUUCGCUGGCCUACGCACGCAUUUCGCUAGCCGACAUUACGCGCAAGGUGCACCUCGAGUCUGAAGAGGAUGCCGAGUAUGUGAUUGUGAAGGCCAUUCGCGACGGCGUCAUUGACGCGCGCGUCGACCACGAAAAUGCCAUUAUGAUCUCGAAUGAGGCCGUGGAUCUGUACGCGACCAACGAGCCACAAGCACAGCUUGUCCAGCGCAUCGACUUUUGUCUGCAACUGCACAAUGAUAGUGUCAAGGCUAUGCGCUACUCGCUUGAUCACCACCGUGCCGAGCUUGACUCGGCAAGUGCCGCGCAUGCGCGUGAACGUGAGCUCGUCAAGGAGAUUGCCGAAGGCGAUUUGGGCGACUCGGAGGAUGAUUGGCCGUAG